AUGUCCAGCUAUCGACUGGCUCUGAGCCUUAUUGCUACAAGCACGCUUGCUGCUGCGGGACCUUGCGACAUCUACGCUUCAGGAAACACUCCGUGUGUAGCGGCCCACAGCACGACAAGAGCUCUCUACAACUCUUUUAAUGGCGCACUCUACCAGGUCCAACGUGGCUCCGACAAGAAGACUACAGACAUCACCCCUCUUUCCCCCGGUGGUGUUGCCAACGCUGCGGCCCAGGAUGAAUUCUGUGCUAGCACGACCUGUGUGAUCACUGUCAUCUAUGAUCAGUCUGGUCGAAAUAAUCACCUCACACAAGCACCACCAGGCGGAGCUGCUAACGGGACGGAAGCAAACCGCUACGAUCAACUUGCCAGCGCCAUUGGCGCUCCAGUGACGCUGAAUGGACAGAAGGCUUAUGGAGUCUUCGUCUCGCCAGGUGUUGGCUACCGCAUUGAUGCCACUCAGGGAGUAGCCACAGGUGAUGCUGCUCAGGGCAUUUAUGCCAUCUUUGACGGGACUCACUACAACGAUCGCUGCUGCUUCGACUACGGCAACGCAGAGAAGAGUAAUAAAGAUACAGGAAGGGGUCACAUGGAGGCAAUUUACUUUGGCACGUGCACUAUCUGGGGCAAAGGUGCUGGAGCAGGACCUUGGAUCAUGGCUGAUCUCGAGGAUGGACUCUUUUCGGGCGUCUCGCCUGCUGAAAACAUAGGAGAUCCAAUUUUGACCUACCAGUUUCUCACCGCUAUCGUCAAGGGAGAGCCAAAGCAUUGGGCUAUUCGCGGUGGCAAUGCUGCUUCAGGCUCUCUCUCAACGUAUUACAACGGACCUCGACCGAGUGUGGGUGGCUACAGGCCCAUGUCAAAAGAGGGAUCUAUAGUUCUCGGGGUCGGAGGCGACAACUCCAACGGCGCACAGGGAACCUUCUACGAGGGGGCCAUGACAUCCGGAUUCCCAUCUGAUGCUACAGAGAACUCAGUGCAAUCCAACAUAGUCGCUGCAAAAUACGCUGCCGGAUCGGCCAACAGCGGACCUGGCAUCAACGUCGGCUCCACCGUGACUCUCCGCGCAACCACUCCCGGCUCCAACACUCGCUACCUCGCACAUCAAGGCUCCGCGGUCAAUGUGCAGAUCAUCACUUCUUCCUCCCCAAACCAGGGUGCCGCGCAGUGGAUCGUCCGAGCUGGUCUGGGCAACAGUGCGUGUCUCUCUUUUGAGAGCAAGGACACCCCGGGCUCUUUCAUCAGAGGCGUCGCAUUCGGUCUGGCACUUGCCACGCCCGACGGAUCGAAACAGGUGCGCGAGGACGCGACAUUCUGCUACCAGGCUGGAUUGAAUGGUCAAGGAAACUCUUUCAGGGCUUGGAACUACCCCACACGAUUCAUCAGACACUACAACGAUGUUGGACACCUCGCGAGGAAUGGCGGACCGGAAGACUUUGAUAACCCCAGCAAUUUCAACAAUGAUGUGAGCUGGGUUGUUGGAAGUGGGUUUCCAGAAGCAGCUAGGCAUUUUCGUGGCGGCGCAGAGUAG